AUGGUUCACGGGCCACUUGGCAUGCCUCGCUUAGCAUGUCAGCAGUCAAGGGACCCCCAACUUGACAACAAACCUAACCAACAAGAUCGAUCUACGUACGAGCAGACAGCAAUUAUAGCCGAUCGAGUAAUUAGACCUCCGGGUAGGGAGUCUAGCCGACAAAGAGCAAUAAAGUAUUAUACCCUUCGAGUCUCAUCAUUAUCCACGGAACCCCUAGCUAUUCAGCCAAAACAAACCCUAUACCCAGGACUCCUAAGCCUCUCGGAAGGGCCAGAUGACGAGAUGCGUAUGGUGCCCCUUAAAGCAAAGGGGCUACGCCAAUGGGAUGGUCAAGCUCUUGAACGACGAGCAGCAGCACUAAUGGACUUUCCAGGAAAUAAAAGAGCAAUAAGCAACACUCUUAAGCUUCGAUUUAAGGUGGACCGCCGAAAACCUCACGGACGACGAGGAUAUUACACCUCAACCACCUCUACCUUUACCUCCGCGAAGCUUAAAAAAGAAGGAAAAGGAAACCUUAAGCAAGAGAGAAGAAGGAAAAGAGAUUCGGAGAUUACGCGAAGAGUUUGCGAAAGAGAAGAGGAAUAUAAAGCAAAAUAUAGAGGCUAUAGCAAGGCAAAUAGCGGAAUUACGGACCUACGCUAUACAAUCCAACGAAGGGCUGCGACGAAGCACUUCAGCGUAUUCGACGUCCUCAAUCCAUUAAUCGCUACGCAAUACGCUAAUCAUACAAUAGGAGCCAAAAUCGCCUCAGCGCCCUUUAAACCCCUUUUUCAAGAGCUACAACCGGGUUUCUUAAAACCCAAGACCGAGACCCGCCAAAACCUAAGAGCAUUCCGAACAAAAUCAACUCUCACUAAAGACAGCGUGCAGAUUUCCGUGCCUAAUCUUAGCAACCCGAAAGGGGGAUCCAGCACCCUCGAACGUACCGGCAAGCUACCCAUAUCUCUUAAAAGGCCACGUAUCAACAAAAGAGAGACCAAAGAUUUGGUCAAGAAAGAGAAUCCAAGGACCUCGCUUAGCGAGUGCUUUAAGAAGCUCGCUAAGGAGCUUAAGGGCAUUCAAAGCUCUCUACGACCGGGUUUGAAAGACGAUCGAAGUCUUGCUAACAAGCUGUAUUCAGCUUAUAAAAACGUGCCAAAGACUACGAUUGCACGAAUGAAUCUUGCUUUUACUUUUACCGCGGCAGUUGCUAACAUUCGUCGAGCAAUUGCCUUUGCAAUUAAGACCUCCCGACCUUUCGCUAAAGCUAGAGCUUACGCGAGCUCUAGCGAGCCACACGAUCACACUUGCUCUCAUAACACCUUAAAGGCUGACUCCGAUUUGGACGAGGAAUACGAAUCGUCGAUCGAAGGCUUGCCACUUGUAUCCACGGAAGAAUUCGAUCAGUUCAUCGCAGGCUUAUUAGACGAGCCGCUCGAAUCGAGCAGCUACGCUAACAUGUCGGAAGGCUUUAUGAUUACUUACGGCACCUUUAACGCUAACGAACCAAGUGGAGACUCAAAAGAUGCCCGAGCAAGAUCCGCCACCGAAGGCGAGACCGUCUAUUACUACCUUACGGAAAAGCAAUUGAGGACUAUCCAUAAGCGUUUUAGCUACCCUUUAGCAGGUCGAUUUGCUGCUGUUCUCAAAAGGGCCGGGCACGAAUUUAGGCGGGAUUUGCUUUACAACAUUCAAAACACCUUAAAGCAAAUGCUUAUAAAAGCCUAUCAUAGCGUCGGGCUAGUAGAACGCUAUUACGCCCUUGUGCGACGCGCUUUUAAGAUCGUCACAAAAGAGCUUCUAAAAGCCUUAAAGGAAGACCGGCUUCAAAUGGCUAUCAAAGCUAUUAACGACACGGCGGGACCUAAUAGCUUAGUCCUUACGCUUCUCGUUUUUAACACUUUACCGAAGCUAACGGAACAAGAUCGACCUGCCGCGUUUACUCAAGAGCGUGCUGCUGCUAUCAACAAAGCUAUAAAAGAAGUACGAAAAUGCUACGCUGCGAAGCAGGUUAAAGACGCGCUUAAGAAGAGGAAUAGCCCAAUUACAGAGCAUACUCUAGACCUCCUUAUUGGCUUACGAGUGCUCCUGCCAGAAGAGUUGCAAGUACUUGAGGUAGAAGUAAAAGAAAAGGUAGAAGAAGAUCAAAGCGAAAGCGAAAAAGAGCUAGAAAUACGAAAUUCGCUUAAACCUCAACAUUCGCUUAAUCCACCGAGGUCGCUUAAUCCAAGAAGCUCGCCAAGAUCAGCCCUUAACCCUCAACUUACGGACGAUGUUCUUAUGGUUGUCAAUCGAGCUAUAAGGGUAAAGGAAGAGAGAGAGUUGGUCAAAUCCAAGCUGAGGAGCAAGGAAAUGGAGACCUUUACACACGCCGAGCCGAUGAUUUUCAAUAGAUGCAAGCUAUCUUUGGAUAAGGACGGGUUCGGACUAUCAGUUAAGCAAAAGGGGCAAGCUAUCCUUAGCAAUGAGGCUCACAAGUGCAAGAGGGUGACAAAGGCAGUACUAGCCUCUAAGCUAUACGCUAUGUCCUUAAGAAUCGAUAUGGCCAUUGCUAUAUCGACUACCUUUGCUUAA